UUGUUGACUCCAAGUCAAUAAAAACAUUCCAUUUGCUACAAAAGACACAAAAAAAAUAAUCCUUUAAUAAUGAAAUCAUUUACAUCCUCCAAUGCUAAUAUCAUCAAAUCAAAUACUCCUAAAUUUUCAAGAGCUAUCAACUCAAACACCUGUUCCAAAUUUGGCAGCCUCACUUCAAGAUUACAAAAUGAAUUACAUCAUUUAAUGAUGAACCCAAUUGAUGGUGUAACAGCUUUCCCAGAAUCCGAAUCAGAUUUCACAAGAUGGUGUGGUACAAUCAUUGGUGCAAAAGAUACACCUUAUGAAGGUUUGGUUUUCAAAAUUAUCUUAAAGUUCCCCACGAAUUAUCCUUAUCAAGCUCCAAUAGUUAAAUUCACCACACCUAUUUUCCAUCCAAAUGUUGGUUCAAAAGGUGACAUAUGUCUUGAUAUAUUGAAAGAUUCUUGGUCACCAAUCUUAAAUGUUCAAACAUUGUUGGUCUCUUUACAGUCAUUACUUGGUGAACCUAACACAAAGUCCCCAUUGAAUGGAACUGCUGCUAGGUUAUGGGAUAAAGAUAUCAAGUCUUUCAAGAAAGCUGUUUUGUUGGUUAAAGAAACGGGACAAGAUGGGAUCAGCUCUUUUUGUUAUGGAUCAGCUCUUUGAAAUAUUGAAAGUGUGAACUAAAGUUGGAAGCCCCGUAAUGUAUGAAGGAUCAUUAAUGUAAAAAGGUUGAUAUAAUUAUCUACAACUUGUAGUUCAAACAUAAAUUUAAUCCCAUAAUAUUAACACGUCCCAAAAUAUCGCACAUAUAAAAUAAACAUAAAAAACUAUAAUAUAAUAAAAAACCCUUAAAAAAAACCCAAAUGUAUAGUAUAAAAAAAACCUUUAAUGAUGAAAAAUGCAUAAUGUAACUAUUAUUAUUAAUGAUUAAUGAAUGUGAUUCCCCCAAUCUGUGAAUACCCAUUAAUAUGAUAAAUUCC